AUGGCAAACAGGAAACGUCAAAGCACCACAGCCAGCAUGCUGGAUCACAGAGUUAGAGCUUGUCCUACUUCAGCUCACAUCAGGGAGCCUGAAAAUGAAGAAAGUGACCUUCCUAUUGAAGAUUAUGCAGCAAAGGAGGCAGAGCUAGCAACUGUCAGACAAGGCAGUCCUACACCUGUGGAACAUGAGUGCAAUGAUCAUAGUGGAGAUGGUGACUCCAGCUCUGACUAUGUGAAUAACACCUCUGAGGAGGAGGACUAUGAUGAAGGCUUACCAGAGGAAGAGGAGGGGAUCACAUACUACAUUAGAUACUGUCCAGAGGAUGACAGUUACCUGGAAGGAAUGGACUGCAAUGGGGAGGAGUAUGCUCCCCAUGAGGAGCACCAUGUUGAAACAGAUGAAUGUCAGGAAGCUGUAGAAGAAUGGGCUGAAGGUAAAAUUCAGCACCAAGAUGAAAAUGAGGUGAUGGAGAGGCAAGAGUGGCAGGAAGGUCAAGAUAAUAGUGUUCAGAUUUUGGAGGAUGAAGUGUCAUCUUUGGAGAUUCAAGACCAAGAAGAAAACAUACAGUAUUGUCCAAGUGAAGGUGGCUAUCCGGACUAUUACCAAGCAGAGGCUAAUGGAAACUCACAGGGAAUAUCACCAUACCACUCUAGAAAAGAGGAUGCAGAGCUGGAAGAGCAGGAAGAGGACAUUGACCAGAUUGUAGCAGAAAUCAAAAUGAGUAUGAGCAUGAGCAGUAUUAAUAGUACAACAGAAAUGAGUCCAGAGCACACUGGGACUGAAAACAUGGCACAUGACUAUAAAGAGACUUGUUCAAAGGGUGAAGCUGUUCACAACACUAACAGGCAUGAGGGGAGGCCAAAGUCACUGAACAUCCCAUCUGCCUCUAAGCUCAGUGGAGAGGUGCCUAGAGGCUUUAAAGCCAAGUCAAGAACUCCAGAGGACAGGCAGAAGUGGCCACAAGAGCAGAUGUGCAAUGGUUUAGAGCAACCCAGGAAGCAACAGCGUUCAGACCUCAAUGGGCCAGUUGACAAUAAUAACGCACCUGAGACAAAGAAAGUGUCUUCGUUUCCAAGUUUUGUUGAUGUUCCAGGACCUUGUGAACCUGAAGACCUCAUUGAUGGGAUCAUCUUUGCAGCCAAUUACCUGGGCUCCACACAGCUGCUGUCUGAGCGCAACCCCUCCAAGAACAUCAGGAUGAUGCAGGCCCAGGAGGCAGUGAGCCGGGUGAAGAGGAUGCAAAAGGCGGCUAAAAUCAAGAAAAAAGCGACUUCAGAGGGAGAUUCCCAGGCCUUGACUGAAGUGGAUCUGUUCAUCUCCACACAAAGAAUCAAAGUUUUAAAUGCAGACACACAGGAGACAAUGAUGGAUCACGCCCUGCGCACCAUCUCCUACAUCGCCGACAUCGGGAACAUCGUGGUUCUGAUGGCGCGGCGCCGCAUGCCAAGAUCAGCUUCUCAGGACUGCAUUGAAACAACACCUGGUGCCCAGGAAGGAAAAAAACAGUACAAAAUGAUAUGCCAUGUCUUUGAGUCAGAGGAUGCACAGCUGAUAGCUCAGUCAAUUGGUCAGGCUUUCAGUGUGGCUUACCAAGAGUUUUUAAGAGCCAAUGGAAUUAACCCAGAGGAUCUCAGUCAGAAAGAAUACAGUGACAUCAUCAACACCCAGGAGAUGUACAAUGAUGAUCUCAUACACUUUUCCAAUUCAGAAAACUGCAAAGAGCUCCAACUAGAAAAGCAGAAGGGAGAAAUUCUUGGGGUUGUGAUUGUGGAAUCUGGAUGGGGAUCCAUUCUACCCACUGUUAUCCUGGCUAACAUGAUGAAUGGAGGCCCUGCAGCCCGUUCAGGAAAACUAAGCAUUGGAGACCAGAUCAUGUCCAUCAAUGGGACCAGUUUAGUUGGUCUACCUCUUGCUACAUGCCAAGGGAUCAUAAAGGGUCUCAAGAAUCAGACACAAGUCAAACUGAACAUUGUCAGCUGUCCUCCUGUUACUACUGUCCUCAUAAAACGGCCAGACUUAAAGUACCAGCUGGGCUUCAGUGUACAGAAUGGAAUUAUUUGCAGCUUGAUGCGAGGUGGGAUAGCUGAGAGGGGAGGAGUAAGAGUAGGACAUCGCAUUAUUGAGAUCAAUGGACAGAGUGUUGUUGCAACUGCUCAUGAGAAGAUAGUACAAGCAUUGUCUAAUUCAGUGGGAGAGAUUCACAUGAAGACUAUGCCAGCUGCCAUGUUCAGGCUUCUAACUGGACAAGAGACACCCCUGUACAUCUAGCAUGCAACUCUUGCAGCAAAAUAACUAAAUGAUUCCAUCAAAGCUGAAGAGAAUUUUGUAUUUUGUAUGAAUGAAAGGCUUUGAAGCUGACCUGAGGACUCCAAACAAGGAACAGACAGGUGUCUCUGCCUUUUCUCUCCUUCCUUUUUAUUUCAUUGCCCAAAAGUGAUGAGAAGGAUGGUCAAGGACAAUAAUCACUGACAAAAAUCUUUGUAAAGCAUUUAAGUAUUUUGCAACAUCUUCUAAACUCUUUUCUCAUAAAACUUAAAAUGUAUUUAUUUGUAACCUUUCUGUGGAGUGAUGUAUGUAUGUCUGUCUUGUUUGAUAACACAGUGAAUGUGACUAUUUGAUGAAUGAGAAUGCAGAAAAUGGCAGAGAAGCAAUCAGAGAAAGUAAGGGCUGCCUCAAGUUAAAAAAAUCCCAGUCCCAUAAAGUGCUGAUGGCUUUGCAUAAUUUUAAAACUGGUGCUGAAUAGAUGGUAUUUCAGUGGAAAGGAAUGUGUGGAGUUGAAACUUUGAGAUUCUGAUGUAAAGAAAACCACUGUAGUACUUGGUAUUGUUAUGACAAGUGUAACCUGUUUGGCAAGAUGUGAACAUAAACAUGUAACAAGUGUUUCAUAUGCUAAAUAAAGAAUAAUUGCCACAAGAUUAAAAUCAAAAUAUUUAUUUAGAUACAUAUUUAUUUUUAAUGCUUGUGAUUUUUAUGAUUUAACAGAAUUAUUUCAUGAAUAACUUAUUGCACAGGUCGUGUGAUGUAUGUGUUGGGCUGGGGAUUUUAUUUCUUUUAUUUUUGCAUAUUACCUUUUUGUUGAUAUUAGCUCAAAAUGGGAAAGCCAUGCUUGACCUGUUUCUGUCUUUUAUAAAGCAUUCUUAUAUUCCUAAGGCAACGUGUUCUGAAUGUAAAUUGUUUUGACAAAUAAUCUAGCACCAUCAGCAGUAUUAGAAUGUGUGUAGAUAAAAAACCUAGUAGUAAAGUUGUAUUCCUUAUGAGAUAAAUGUUAAUUGGUGUAACUUUUCAUCUAGAUUUCUUUUUUGGCCAAGGCCUUGAAGAAAAUACACUGUGACUUAAGAAGCCUUACCAUGCAGUAACUAAAGAUGACUGUACUUCAAGGAGUAGUGUGUUGCAUGCAACUGACCUUAGGAAAGAAUUAAGCUACUAUCACUAAUAAAUCUAAAAUAAUAAA